GCCCGUGGCGUGGAGACUUGGAGAGAGGGAACGCGUGCGGUCGCACUUGCUCGCUCGGCUACAGCGCUCACGCUCAACGUUCACAGAGGAUGCUGGACAAUUUCCCGCCGCACAGUGCGCCGUGCAUUUCCGCAAACGCGACGCGGAAAAGUUGCUGACGAUGUGUCAAGCCGCAUUUUAGCAGUGAAUUUUUAGUGAACUUGGAUUUUCAGCAGACGGCCAUGAAGUCAUCGGCGUUUCGGCCGGCCGCGGCAGUGAUCCUCGCAGCCCUGGCCGCCAACCUGGUCGCGUCGGCCGCCGAGCAGCAGACCUACAAUGUGGGCGUCGGCAUCGCGGACUGCACCGGACCCGCAGGCGAAAUCACCUUUAUGGGCUACGCGCGCCUCGAGCAAAAGGGCGCCGGAAUCCAUCUGCGCCAGUUUUCCAGGGCGUUUAUUUUCGACGACGGCCAGUCGCGAAUUUUGUUCCUCAGCGUAGAUGUUGCGAUGGUCAGUUACGGCGUCAGGAAGGAGGUUUUGGACCAGCUGAAGAAAAAGUACGGCAGCCUGUACAAGGAGCAGAACGUGAUUAUCAGCGCGACGCACACGCACUCGGCGCCGGGCGGCUUCAACCAGUACAUGUUCUACGACAUCAGCGUCCUCGGCUUCAUGCCGCAAACCUUCGACGGACUGGCCGCCGGCAUCGUCAGGAGCGUGGACCGUGCGCACGCAGACGUUUCUCCUUGCCACUUGAGUUGGAGCCAAGGAGAGUUGCUGGACGCCAACAUCAACCGCAGUCCGACGGCGUACUUGCAAAAUCCAGCCGAGGAGAGAGCAAAGUACAAACACGACGUGGACAAAGAGAUGACGCAGCUGAAGAUAACCCGCGCGGACGGCUCCCCCGCCGGCGUCAUCAACUGGUUCGCCGUUCACCCGACCAGCAUGAACAACACCAACACCCUCGUCUCCAGCGACAACGUUGGCUACGCGUCGGUUUUAUUCGAGAAGAAAAUGAACGAGGGGUCACUCAUCGGAAAGGGUAAAUUCGUGGCGGCGUUCGCUUCAACCAAUUUGGGAGACGUUUCGCCCAACACGAAAGGAGCGCAUUGCAUCGACAACGGGGAGGAAUGCGACCUGCACACGAGCACCUGUGACGGCGCCAAUGUGCUCUGCGUCGCUUCCGGCCCGGGGGAAGAUAUUUUCGACAGCACAAGGAUUAUUGCCGAGAAACUCUUCUCCAAAGCUUGGGAGCUGUUCGUGAGCAGCGAGCAGUCUGCGGUGAGCGGUAACAUCAAAAGCGUGCACCAGUACGUCGACAUGACGAAGCAGAAUUUCACUUUCUACGACAACAACACUAUGCAGAACGUCGACGUUCAAGGCUGCAAGCCGGCCAUGGGCUACAGCUUCGCGGCUGGCACCACCGACGGCGCCGGUGCCUUCAGCUUUUCGCAGGGGAUGACGUCGCCAAAUGAGCUGUGGAACGCGGUCAGAGACUUCAUCGUCACGCCCGGCGACGCCGAGAGGAAGUGCCAAAAGCCCAAGCCUAUCCUCUUUCCCACAGGCGAGAUGAAAUUCCCGUAUGAGUGGCAGCCGAAAAUCGUUUCGACGAGCUGCGCAUUGAUCGGCAACUUCGUGAUCGUGCCCGUUCCUGGUGAAUUCACGACCAUGGCCGGCCGGCGGCUGCGGCAAACAGUCAGAGACACUCUGGACCAGUUCAGCACGAGCAGCAUCGGUCCCGUCGUGAUUGCUGGACUGGCCAACACCUACUCGAGCUACAUCGUUACUCCCGAAGAGUACGAGUUGCAACGAUAUGAGGCAGCCUCGACGAUUUACGGCCAGCACACGCUGACCAUCUACCAGAGACAGUACAAGAAGCUGAGCAUCGCUUUGAUGACCAACACGAAGCUGAGGCCGGGCAGGUCACCCACCGACUUCAGGGAGAAAACGAUCACACUGCUGCCGCCAGUUAUUUUCGACACGUCGCCGUGGAACAGGAGCUACGGCACCGUCGUCAAACAGCCCAAGGGCGUUGUUGCGGUCGGAGAAAAAGUCACUGCCAGCUUCAUUGCAGGUCAUCCACGGAACCAUCUCCUUCAGGAAGAGAGUUUCAUGACCGUGGAGAGGCGAGUGCAAAGGGGGAACAGCACUGCCUGGACCAUCGUCGCCACAGACGCCGAUUGGGAGACAAAGUUCCACUGGUACCGGACGUCGUUCCUGAAGGGCAUGAGUGAGGCGCGCACUGAGUGGGUGGUGCCAGAAAACACCGAGCCAGGAGUGUACAGACUCAGCCACAAAGGCAACGCCAAACUCAUUUUCGGCGGACUUGUUUCCUACAGAGGACACAGCAAACCCUUUCAAGUUGUAAGUUCGCCAAAAGAGUCAGUUGGCAACCGAAACAGAAGACUGUAUUUCCAGUAAUCAAGAUCUUGUCAUGUCAGAAGCCAAGCAAAUCCACAAGUGCACUGAUGGGAAAAUUGAUUAUUUUGUCAAUUUAAUGAGUAAAAAUUCCGCUGCUGAUAAAAAAAGAUAAAGAUAUCUUGGGUAUUGGAAGGUGGGAAUUAUUGAAUUCAUGUUAAUUUGUAGGGCAUUUUUCGAUUCGACGAUUAUAGCGAUUUAUGGGAUCGUAAAAUUUAGGGAAAAAGAAAUUAAUUUUUCCAAUGGCCUGGUAGACAGCUCAGAAAACGCAAAUAUUGCUUGAAAUUAUUUUCAGCUAUUUUAAAUUUUAUAAGCCAUCGUCUAAAAUUCAGGCACAUUUGUGGAAGAUAAAAAUGGACAUAGUAAGGAUUUUUAACCUUCCGAGCUCCAUGAAUCGCAAACUAGGUACUCGGUCAAAUCAGAAAUUUCCCCCUUUUCUUAUCUAGUUUAAUAGAACACGAUAUCAAUAAUAUCGCCAAAAACUAAAACGUGGAGUGUCCAUAUGAGAGGCUUUUCACCUUCAGGAAUCCAUCAGUGUGCUUUUAACUUGAUUUGCCUUUCUGUGUACAUAUGUAUUUAUCGCUGUUCACGGCUUCCUCUAAUUAAAUAAUUCCUCUUUAAAUGUUUCAUUUUGUGUUAGAAACUCCUCUACACAAGGAUUGAAACCCGAGGUUUUAAAAAAUCAACAGUUUUAUUUAUGACUGUAUAUAAUUAUAUAACUUGUGCAGUUUCACCUCUUAAUAAAGUGGCAAAAAUAUCGACAG